AAUAAAAACAAAUAUGGCGCCGAAUUGUCCUGAAGAAGUCGAUGUUUUCACAAUUCCUCAUUCUCGAAUGAAGGAAUUGGUCAAGAAAUAUCUUAACAUGGUAUCAGAGAUCAAUUUUGCAGACAUUUCACAUCUGACAAAUCUGUUGGAAAACCUGGUAAAUACAUUUAAGGAAUUUAAAGCACAUGAACAAAUUGAGAACAAAUACAUCAUGAAGAAACUUAAAGAUAAGCUGAGAACAUUGUCAGUUAGGAACACUGCUGUUUGCAAUUGUCAUUCAGACAACCAAUUGACAGACAUUUUAGAACUGGUGCAAGAUGGGUACAAAUGUACACAAAAGACAGAAGUUGAUCGAAAAAAUUUUGGUACAAAGUUGAGGAAGGCAUUGGAAGACUUUACAGAGACAUUUAUUCCUCAUAUGGAAGAAGAAGAAGAGGUGUUUCAGCCAAUGUUAAUCAAGUAUUUUACUACUGAUGAACUACGCAGAAUUAAAUUCAAAGUUUUGGAAAAACACUUCUGUCAGAAUAACAAUUGUGCAAAAGAUAAAUUUCCAGAGAAAACAGAUUCUGUAUUGAGUGAUUCAUCAGAUGAAGAAUGCACAGAAAAGCUUGAACCAACUAAGGAGAACGUUUUGCCUGGUGUGAAAAGUUGUGUAAUAGAUAAAGUACCCGAUGAGGUGGCAAUACAAAUAUUUUCUUACCUUAAUCCACAGGACUUGGGCAGGUGUGCUCAAGUUUCACAUCGCUGGAAUAGACUGGCAUUAGACACAAGUUUAUGGAGAAACUUUUUACCUAUUCAAUGGUCCAAAGGAGUUUGGAGUUUUACUCCCAUGGUAGAUAUAGAAGUAGAAGAACAAAACUUGUUAGAGAACAAUGAUGAUGUAGCCAUAUUUUAUGAUGAAGAUGCAGACAUUGAUGAAUCUGAAGAAGAUGAUGAUACUAAACAGAUUAAAAGGAUAAAAAGGGAAACGAGUAUGUUGACAUGUAUGAUGAAGUAUCUAUUACCUAAAGUAGGGUAUGGUGUAAAGACAAUAAAUCUUGCUUUCAGUCAAGGUCUUGUUAAUGGUUUGUUGUAUAAGAUGCUGUCAUUAUGUCCACUUGUUGAAAACCUAGAUUUGACUCAUACAAGGGUAUCAGAUCUUGGCUUUAAAAGCCUUGGUAGAAAUGGGUGUGGAAGUAAUCUAAAAAGAGUAGAUUUAGCUGGCUGUAAGAAUAUUACUGAUGUGACUUUAGAAAGAUUGUCACAAGCAUUACGUUCAAAACCUGAAAUCAGACAUGAAGACAUCGAUGAUACCAAUCACGAAGAAAAGAAUGAAAUUGAAUUGAAUGAAAAGGGAGAUAAAUCUCUGACUUCAAAAGAUUCAGAUUGUCAUUUGACUUGUAGACAGAAUAUUAGAGAACAAAUAGUCAGUGAAGACUGUAAUAUUUCUUUCAUGAAUGACAUAGAAGAUCAUUCUCCAAGAACUUCAGAAAUUUUGGCAAACCAGAAAGGCAGAUCUGUUGACAUAACAAUGGCAGCAACUCCAACAUUAAAGGUUGGCUAUAUAACUGAGGAAUCUCCUAGAUUGACGUUUAACACUGGGAAUAUUUCUUUGUUUGGACAAAGGACUAGUUUAUGUUGUCCCAAGAAUUGUUGUUUGGAAUCUCCAUCAGUUAAACUUUUUGAUCAGAAUUCCAAAAGCAUGAACUUUAAAUAUCUGACUGAAACAGAUGAAUGGACUAAAAUCUGUGCUAAAAAACAUGGACAUGAAUCUGAAAUCAUCUGUGAUAAUUUAGCAUGUGGACUUCAGUAUCUCAAUUUAUCUGGCUGUUCUCAUAUUACAGAUAAAGGGAUAAGGGCAUUAGUGAUAGACAAGCAGACUUUUCCAUCAUUGCAAUUCCUUGACCUAUCUGGUUGUGAUAAAGUGACUUCUCUAGCUCUGACUGACCUGGUCUCUGUGUGCACUUCACUUGACCAUCAGUUCCUUUACUAUUGUGACAAUUUAACAGCAGAUCCAUAUUCUGAUUCUGCAAGUGGAUGUCAGAACUUGGAAUGUCCAACUAGAGCUUGUUGUCGUUCUGGAUGCUAGAUUUUCCUGUCAGAGGAGUAUACACUUACCAGUAAGCAGACCAAAGAUGGAUUUUAAUUACUUGUAUAUCACUGUGUCGUGAUUUUAUUCCUUUUUUGAGCUUUAAUAGAUAAUUAGCCAGAGUUAGUGGUAUUGGGAUUUGUUUAUAUUAGAUACUAUAUAAAAUACCAUCAAGAAGCAGAUCUUUUAAAUAAACUGUUGAAUGAAGUGAAGUAGGGAGCACUAUGAUGGCAUACCCAGUGUAUAAGAAUGUGUGGAACAUAACAGAUUUUGAAACAAUUAACUGUAAAACUUUGCCAUGAAAGACACACUUUCCACCUGACAACCUACACUUGGGCUGCAUGCAUAAAAUUUUAAAAACAUGCUAAAAAGUCUUUGGAUUUUAAAGUUUCAUUAUAUCUCUUUCUAGACAAGAAAAAAAGUCAGAAUUUUGAGAUGUCAAAACAGAAAAUUUUAUAUAGUUCAAACAGUAAGAAACAGAGAAAAAUGUUUAGCCAAAUUAUUUCUACAUAAAUGAAAUCUGAGAUUGAAUAUGAUGCUGUAAAAAAGCUCCAGUCAUAUAAAAACAUUUCAUGGCAGAUUUUUUUAAUGUAGGACAGAAAGUCACAGGACAUAAAGUCACAGACAUAAAGUCACAAUUCAGUUUUGAGAUUAUUUUAUCUUAAUAAAAAACCACUUAUUUUUAAAAACAUUUCUGUAUUUUUCUUGAACUAUUAUAUAUAAAGCAACUUUGUAAACAAAAUGUAUUCUAAAAAAAAGCAAUGAUGAUCAAUUAAUUGUUAAGAAAAGAAUUUGUCAAAGUGGCUUGGUACUUAAUGGAUUCAUGGUGCCAAGAUAUAUAUCCUUUGCAUCAAUUGCAUGAUUAAAAUUUGAUAAAUCUUCAUUUCUGGAGGCUUAUGAACAAUUUCCUAAACUGUAAAUUUGAUAUAUGUAAUAAAAAGAAAUUGUUUCAAGAACUUUCUCUAAUAUUUUCAAACAAUUUUAUUAUAUGUAACUUUUUGUCCUGUGACUUCCUGUCUGCUUACCAAUUUUUUAUGACAUUUUCACUGAGUCAAAUGAAGUAAAUAUUUCCAUAACACUUGCAGAUCAUCUUAUUGUUUAAAGGACUUCUCACCUUUUAUGGGUGUGUAUUAAUUGUAAAGGAAAAUCUAUAUCUAUUAGAGGCUGCAAGGUCGGCUUAAUUAAAGUGUAAAACUAUAUAUUUCAUUCAAUUAAGAUUUAAUAUGUUAUAAUCAGUUUGGAAUUAUAAUAGCAAAACUGUGUACUCCAGUGCAAAGAUUUCAUAUACAAGAUACAAGAUAUUUUAUUGAGCCAAUUAUGGCGCCCAUUGCUGAGCAUAGUAAUCAUUCACAAUAAAACAAAAGAAAUACAUUAAACAAAAAUUAAAAUCUUUGAUUAACAAUGAUCAGUUAGAAUGAAAUGACAAAAUAAAGCAUAUAAAGCAUAAUAUAGAAGUAAGAGUUUAUAUUUUCAUUUUCUCAUAUAAAAAUCUAGACUGUGUAGGCUGUUAAUGACAAGAAGAUAGUAUCCUUCCUUGAAUACAGCAAUUUGUCCAUAGAGAAUAUCAGUUUGUUCUUUUUUUUUCAUUCAUGGUUUUCAUUGAAAAAAUGUUCUAUUGACUCUGACAAUUUAUAGAUAUAAGAAGAUGUAGUAUGAGUGCCAAUGAGACAACUCUCCAUCCAAAUCACAAUUUGUAAAAGUAAACCAUUAUAGGUCAAAGUACGACCUUCAACACAGAGCCUUGGCUCACACAGAACAGCAAGCUAUAAAGGGCCCCAAAAAUGACUAGUGUAAAACCAUUCAAACAGGAAAACCAACGGUCUAAUCUAUAUAAAAAACGAGAAACACUUAUGAACCACAUCAACAAACGACAACCACUGAACAUCAGUUUCCUGACUUAGGACAGGUGCAAACAAAUGCAGCGGGUUUAAACGUUUUAAUAGGUGCCAACCUUCACCCUACCUGAAACAAUAGUGUAACAUUACAAGAUAGAAAGACACACCGCUUUUUAUUAUUUUCAUAGGCAAGUUAAACAAAGAUUCAAUGAUGAUGAAAUUAACUGCAAGUAAAACAAAGAUUCGAUGAUAAUAAAAUUAACUAAGACAAUAUUUAAGCAUUAUGUUAAUAAUUGUUUCCUAGAUAUAAAAUUAAGUAUUGUGUUUGUUUUGGUUUCUCAGCAAUCGUUUCCUGUGGGUUUCCAGAGUCAAUAAAAGUACCCAACCUGGUUUUGAUGUAGUGGUCUCCUAAUUGAAAAAUGAAUACCAUUUCCUCUAUUUAUUACAAUUGUUUUCGUGUAAAGACCAAGUGGCGUGAUUGAUUUUUUUUCCUACAGAAUUUGUUUGACCUUUAGAUGUAGUUAAUGAAAGGAAGACAUAAAUUAUGGAUAUAAGUAAUUAGUUUAACCUGUUUUAUGCAACCCUAUUUAAAUGGUGUGCCAUGCCAGAUUUGAACAGUCAUGGUCAUUUGGGUUAUAACUAAACAAGACUUAGAAUUAGUACAAUUAGGAAAAAAUAUUUGUAGCAAGCAUAAUUAUUUAUUGAUUUUUUCUACAUAAAGCUUUCUAUAAAGUUAAGUAUGAAUGAACUCUCAUGUGUUAGUUUUGUCUGGCAUACAAACCACAGGAAUAUGACACCAAGGUUUACACAGCAUGCUUUGUAUGCUAGUUGAAGCUGUCCUAUGGGAUCAAUGAAAAUAUGAACCCAAAUAGACUUUCUUGUGUUAAUCAUUGGUAUUCUUGAUUGAAUUAUUUCACAUUUUGUUAUGUCAUUGGGGUUUUGUCAGCUAACUAUACAGUAUGGGUUUUGCUCAUUAUUGAAGGAAGUACAUGACCUAUAGUUUAUUACAUCCACAUCAUUUAGACUCAGUGGACAGUUGUCUCAUUGGCAAUCAUACCACAUCUCAUUAUUAUCAAUACAUGUCAGCUGGUCCAAUUUAUCAGGCAUUUUGCUUGUAAUAAUAAGAAAUCAGUGCCCUAAGACUUAUCACAAAUCUGUGUACAUUUUUAUAUCUUUUUUUUUAUGCCCCCACCGUCACCAGAAGGGGCAUUAAGUGUUACCCUUGUCUGUGCGUAAGUACGUCCCAAAAUUUGUUUCCAUUCUCUAAUGUUAGUUUGCCUCAACCAAAUGUUAUGAAACUUAUACACAAUGCUUAUUACUGCAAAACUCGGAUCAAGUUCGAAAUUUGGGUGGUGUCACUUUUACCGUUCUCGAGUUGUGCCUCUUUAUAACAUUAUAUGCAAGAGGGGGCAUCAUCUGUGUCCCAUAGACACAUUCUCCAUUUAUUUUUUUGUUUUUAGUGAAAAGGUUUUCAAACUAUAGAAGGUUGCAUUGUAAAUAAUUCAGAACACUAGGUUAAGGAAUCAUAUAUGCAAAUUACACACACAUACUCUAUGUUGCCUCUAGAUAUACUGUUACUAAUGUACACAGCAACUGUGACUGGAUGUAUAGAUAUAUGUAUACUAUAUUGAUCAGAGACUAUAGACAGAUUGAUUUUUGUUUAAUUACCUUUUUAUAAUCAUGUUUAAACAACUAAAAGUAUAUGUUAAAUAUUAUUUGAUGGAUUUAAAUGAUUAAGCUUUGUUCAUUUUAGUAAAAUGUGCUGUAUUUUAUUGAACAGAAUCUCUAUGAAGCCAUGAACUGAGAGAAAAAUGUUUUGAUUACCGGGGUAGACAUUAGCAAUGUUUUUCUUUUCUCUCCUUUUUCCCAGUAAGUAUGAAAGAUUACCAUGUUUCCGAGAGCAUCAUUUUAGUCACAGCACAAAACUAGUUCUUCUGUCUUUCAUUUUAUUUCGGCUGAUUUAUGUAUUGUGGAUUUAUAUCAAGGGGCACACAUUUUUGUGGAUUGACGAAUACUUGCAUUUUUGUGGAUAUUUGAUUUCGUUGUUUUAACAAUGUUUGCGUACAUUUCUCUGGAAAAUUUGUUAUUAGUUGAACACAUAAAUUUGUGGUUCCCCUGUACCCAUGAAAUCCACAAAAAUGGGUAUCCCACAAAUAAUUAUGAAUCCACAGUAUGUCAUUUUUGUCCCCACCCCCCUUAUUCCCCAAAGAAAAAAAAGGAUAUAGCAUGUAGAGUUAUCUGUCAAGUUUGGUUUAGUUUUGCAUUCUACCUGUAAUUAGGCUUAGGUUCAAUUAUUUGAACUUUAAUAUUUAGUUUAUGCCAGUCCUAGUCAUAGCUUUUUCACUUAUAUCUAUUGAAUAUAAAGCAUCUACCAUAAGUCUUUUAAUGUUGUUGAAAAUAAUCAUAUGAUGUUGUAAGCUUUUAUAAUGCAAAACCAUUUGGUUAACCAACAAUUGUGCCAAUACUUGUUCAGUAUUAACUUACUAUUUAAAAGGAUCCAGCAUUUUAAACAUUAAUACAAUUCAGUUCUAGAUUUUAUUUUGUUUUUGGAUUAUUCAGAAUUCAUUUUUAAGAUAUUUUGAUUCAGAUAGAUAACAAUAGUUUUGUAAGUGACAAUGAGAAUUAUAGUCGUUAGUUUUUUGCUUCCAUCAUCGCCAGUGUCUUUAACUUAUAUAUUUUUAAAACCACAUAAAUUAUUUGGUCGACUCCCAUUGUGGGAGUUCUACCCUUUGUAAAGUAGGAUCAAGUAUACCCAAAUUUUUGUUCCUUGGAAAUGUUUUUUUUUGCCUAUUAACAUUGCUGCAAUCUCAUUAUAUGGGCAAAGAUUAAGAUGUUUAAUAUGCCCAUAUACCUUUGAAGUAUGGCAUCAUGUACAUCUAUCCAAUAUGUAUUUAUCCAAGCCACUGAAUUCGAAAUAAUUUCAUUAUCCGUAUUUGAUGUUAAUUUGUUUUUUGUGAUCAAAUUAACUUUGGAAGAACUUGGUAAGUGAUGUCCACUUCCAUAAAGAUCAAGUUAUCUCUCAAAUGCUUUUUAUACGACCGCAAAAAUUAAAAAUUUUUUGGUCGUAUAUUGGUAUGACGUUGGCGUCGUCGUCGUCGUCGUCCGAAGACACAUUGGUUUUCGCACUCUAACUUUAGUUUAAGUGAAUGGAUCUCCAUGAAAUUUUACCAUAAGGUUCAAUACCACGAAAGGAAGGUUGGGAUUGAUUUUGGGGAUUAUGGUACCAACAGUUAAGGAAAAAGGGGCCAAAAAUAAGCAUUUUUGUAACUUCCAGACAAUAACUUGUGUGUAAGUGUAUGGAUCUCUCUGACAUUGUACCACAAGGUUCCAUAUCACAAAGGAAAGGCUGUAAUUGAUUUUGGGGGUAAUUGCCUCAAAAUUUUAGGAAUUAGGGGCCAAAAAAGGGGCAAAAAACAAGCAUUUUUCUAGUUUCAUGACAAUAACUUGUGUGUAAGUGUUUGGAUAUUUCUGAAAUUGUACUACAAGGUUCCAUAUCACAAAGGGAAAGCUGGAAUUGAGUUUGGGGGUAAUUGCCCGAAACGUUUAGGAAUUGGGGGCCAAAAAUAAGCAUUUUUCUAGUUUCCAGACAAUAACUUGUGUUCAAGUGUAUGGAUCUCUCUGAAAUUGUACUGCAAGGUACCAUACCACAAAGGGAAGGCUGGGAUUGAGUUUGGGGGUGAUGAAUCAUAAGGGGGUUCAAAAAAUUUGGGGGGGGGGGAUUUUUUUUUUACUUUUUUUUUCUUUUUUUCCUUUUUUUUUUCUUUUAAAUUUUUCCAUUUUAAGUUGGUUAUUUCUGAUUAAUAUUUAAAAGCAAAUAAUAAUGAUAUGGUAGGAGAUACACACCAAACAGGAUGUGUAAAUUAUUAUAUAAUAAGUAUUGUGCAAUAGCAAGAAAUUUUCUAUUGCACAAUAGCAAGAAAUCUUCAAUUGCACAGUAUUGCGCAAUAGCAAGAAAUCUUCAAUUGCACAGUAUUGCGCAAUAGCAAGAAAUAUCCAAUAGCACAAUAUUGCGCAAUAGCAAGAAAUUGUCAAUUGUACAGUAUUGCGCAAUAGCAAGAAAUAUUCAAUUGCACAGUAUUGUGCAAAAGAAGAUACUUCGUAUAAAUUGCUUAUUUCUUGAUCAAUUUCAAUGGGGUUUUAUUCUUGAAUUCUUGGGGUUCUUUAAUAUGCUGAAUCUAACCGUGUAUUAAGUUUUUGGAUUUUGGGCCCCAUUUUUAAUUUGGUCCACAUUGAGGUCCAAAGGGUCCAAAAUUUAACUUUGUUUGAUUUCAUCAAAAAUUGAAUUAUUGGGGUUCUUUGAUAUGCCGAAUCCAACCGUGUAUUUAGAUUCUUAAUUUUUGGUUCCGUUUUCAAAUUGGUCUACAUUAAGGUCCAAAGGGUCCAAAAUUAAACUUAGUUUGAUUUUAACAAAAAUUGAAUUUUUAGGGUUCUUUGAUAUGCUGAAUCUAAACAUGUAUUUAGAUUUUUUAUUAUGGGCCCAGUUUUCAAGUUGGUCCAAAUCGGGGUCCAAAAUUAAACUUUGUUUGAUUUCAACAAAAAUUGAAUAUAUGGGGUUCUUUGAUAUGCUGAAUUUAACCAUGUAUUUAGAUUUUUGAUUUUUGGGCCCCGUUAUCAACUUUGUCCACAUUGAGGUCAAAAGGGUCCAAAAUUAAACUUUGUUUGAUUUCAUCAAAAAUUGAAUUCUUGGGGUUCUUUGAUAUGCUGAAUCUAACCAUGUAUUUAGAUUUUGGAUAUUGGACCAUAAUAGGUGAAUGUCCAAUUUAAAAUUUUUAAGUUCUUAGACCACAUUCAUUCUGUGUCAGAAACCUAUGCUGUGUCAAAUAUUUAAUCACAAUCCAAAUUCAGAGCUGUAUCAAGCUUGAAUGUUGUGUCCAUACUUGCCCCAACUGUUCAGGGUUCGACCUCUGCGGUCGUAUCAAGCUGCGCCCUGCGGAGCAUUUUAUUUAAAUUUAUCGCAAAGGGGGCAAGAUAUUUAUUGCUAUAAAAAAAAAAUUUUGGAAAGUUAUUUUUUCCCAUGAUUUUAGUAGAUUACUUGGUUUACACACUUCCCUCCCCCUUUCGCUUAUUGUUUCAACUUUUUUCUUUAGUGUGUGAUGAAAACACAACCAGUUAAUCGAAGGACACUGUAGGAUAACUUUUUUAACAUAGUUCAUAAAUAUAUUUUGGAUGAUUUUAAUCUGCCAUAUAAAAUGUUUAAGCAUAGUGAUAAUUCCACAGAUCAGUAAUUAGAUAAUACAUGUACUACAUUCGUACAUGAAUUUCAGAAUAAUUCUACAAUGUUGUACAUAUUUAGCUGUACUGGUGCACUGGUUUUAUGUUUGCUUUAUUUAUUGUCUUCUGUAAGAUAAAAUGUAUUAUAAGAAACAAAUGUUUAUAUGCAUCUACAACUAAGCCUUUGUUGUUCAUCAUGACUCUUAGUGCUAAAGUCAAUUGUUUUCUAUUAUUUAUACUGGUUUGUUUUAAAAUAGAACUGUUAUUAGAUAAAUAAACCAUUUGUUCAUUGCAGCACAGUG